CGGUGGGUGGGGGGCGGGAAAGGCGAUGGAGUUCCAGGUGCUGCUGAACGACGUGUCGCGCCAACUGACGUCGGACAACCUGGAGGCCAUGAAGUUCCUGUGCCAGAGGGUGAUCAGCAAGAGCAAGCGGGAGGCCAUCACGGACGGCCUGGGCCUGCUCGAGACCCUGCAGGAGCUGGACCUGCUGGCGCAGGACGACACCGCCUACCUGUGCCGGCUGCUGGGCGACGUCAAGCGGCUGGACCUGCGGAAGAGGGUGCAGGCGUUCGCCGGGCCCGAGAGGGAGCGGCUGAACAGCCCCGUCUGCGAGACCGGAGGCCACACAGGCUGUCUUGAUGAUGCAUUUGAUGUCAUCUGUGAUAACAUUGGAAAAGACUGGAGACUAUUGGCAAGAAGACUUGGCAUUACUGACGUACAACUUCAGCAAAUCGAAUAUAGAUACCCGUUUAACAUGCGAGAACAAGUUAUGCAAUGUCUGAAAGAAUGGCAUAAGAUGAAAGGAAAAGAUGCCAAUAUAGGCAAUCUGGUGCAAACAUUACGACAGUGCAAACUGAACAUGGUAGCUGAUAAUGUUGAAGAACAAGUGAAGAAAAGUAGCUGAAUUUUUCUUAAUUGAAAUGCCGAUAAAUCAUAAGCCAACAUUUAAUUUUCUCCAAAAUGCUUACUUUUAUUCAAAACUCAGGAACUCUGGAAUUAUUACCAUACGUGGUGUUGGGAAACAAUGAUGUGCUAGCAUUUAGCUAACAUAUGGCAGAAUUUGCAGUUUGUGUGAAAGCUGAUACCUUUCUCAAAAUAAGUGCCUUUUCUUAUCGCAUUUAGCAUUGCACUUUACUGACCAUGACUUGUAUUUCGGGUUGGAUAUACUUAGGUUAUUAAUGAUAUUCAGAAUUCAGUUGGAUCAAGUAUUGUAAGAUUCUUUUGAGAACAAAAAUCACUUUUCAGUUUUUCUAAAAUACUUUACAAUGCCUUUUGUACAAAACAAAUCACUGCUCACAGUUAAAAAAAAGGUGGAUUUGAUAUAAGAUUAAAUUUGUUUCACAUUGAUACUUUGCGGGAACAUCAAAAUGUAUUUCAUUUUGACAUUAUUGAUACUGAAGCGAGCUUCUGCAUGACUUCAUUUGGGUUUAAAUUGUUGUGUUUGCACUUUGCCUCUGAAGACGAUGCAUUCAAGGAUCAAGUGAUGGAACAUCUUGUCAUUUGUUGAUAGCAAGAACGUGGGUCAGAGAUAAAAAGGAAAACGGCAAAACUUUGCUUGUUAUUCCGACUUCUGUCCCUUUCUCCAACAAUUUAGGUUUGCUUCCUAACCCAGUUUCCAAUGUGAACAAUGAGUCUGUGACAUGAUACUGCCCUUCUUGUCCCAGUGAUCGACCAUUUUGUGAUAUUAAGGUGAACAUAAAAAUUGGUUAAAAUAAA